AUGGUCAGUACACUAGAUCUGGAUCUAAGGCCUGGAUCAGGAAUCGGGCCAUUUGAACUUGGCGCGUCUCUGUUUGAUGUUCUCGACUUCCUCCGACGACCCUCUCCACCUACGUUCCCCUCCAUCUCAGUCAAGUACGACACAGCAUCCCCGGCAAACUCACCUAUAAUACUUCAUCUCCGACCCCACCUUGAUCUCUUGUUCACUCGACGAACUCAACGCCUUCAUACCAUAUCUUUAUCGCUGCUGCGAAACAGCCAGAUUCAUAUACCUUUGGUGUUGAGCUAUAAGAAUGAAGUACUUUCCGGCCCAGAUGUUAUCCCACAUCGGACGGCAGUUCAACGAAUGAUGGGCCCUACUUACAAAGGUGAACACAUGAGAUACCCUGGGGUUUGGUUCUCUUUUGAAGAUGAUGUCCCCGUUGCUGUUGGAGCUACAAACGCGACGGAAGGGAACGCAGAGGUCAAGAGAGUGGUUGUGACUCAGCGAGAGGAACAGAUAGAACAAGAGCUGGAAGAAGAUUCAGAUGAACUAGUGCCCAGCUCUAAUAUGUACGGAGAGCUCAAGAAGGCGGUGAUUAAGAUCCACGAUGGAAUAUACCUACAUUUCUUUACUCCAGAUCCUGAAGAUCCACCUAUCCGUGUUCGAUUGGGAGUCACCACAGCCCAAGACUUGACUUGUGACCUUGGUCCACCAGUCCUGACACACUACAAAGAGGACGACCGAAUGGCCAUUCACGCAAGUGCUCGGGAUGAUGAGGAAAGUUAUUUCUAUAACUACUUCCAACACGGGUUGGACUUUCUAAUUUCUGGGAAGACGCAUCGCGUUCGUAAGAUUAUUGCACACACCAACGUUCCUGGCUCACCCUUGUUUCAACGCUAUAAACGAUGUCCUUGGGAGUUUUCCUUGAGCUCCCAAGAUGCUGCUCCCCCAGCCCACUCUACAGAGCUUGAGACCACUACGAAGACCACAGAAGUAGAGAUUUCGGCGCCGAAGGGAGGUGGAAAGAAGAAGAAGAAAGUCGGGAGUGAACGACCUCGGACUUCAUUUGAAGUUCAAGAUGAUACACCAAGUCACAACCAGGAGACAAUAGCGUUCUAUGACUCCAUUGACAUACUAAAGUCAAAACUAGGUUCCAUUUCGAGACACUCGUCGCAGCCCUCCAUGCAGCUCGAACGGACAGCAGAUCUUCCACAGAACGAACUACUCACAUUACCGAAUCCAACAACCCACCUACAUGCAUUUGAUGGGGUAUUCUGCGAGGCUAGUGAAGUGGGAGAUGUACUCUGUGUCGGCUUAUUCUAA